AUAUGAGUUUCGCGGGAGGGUAUUUCGCGCGUAAACUGUAUCCUUCAUUCAUUGUUAGCUUCCUGGAGCCAUUUUCAGCUCAGGAGGUUGCGCUUCGCUUCAGUCGAACAAUCCAAACCAUCUGCAGAUAUGAACGUGUAAUGUGCGGACAAAUGUUGACAUAUCGGUAGUUAGGACGAUAGUCUAAUGUUUGCCGUGAAUAUUGGCAACGAAAUCGCGGCGGAUUCGGAGAUAUAAAGGUUUAAACUAGGCAAGGGACAAAGGGUUUCCGAGUCAACAAAGAUGAGAAGAGGGAUAACAUCAGUCACGGAGAAAGUGAUUAUUACAGGGGUUGGCGGCUCUUCCCUCGAUAAAAGCGUAGUUUUGACAGCAUUAUCCGAUCGCUUAACAUCUACUCUUCCUACUACCACUUACAUACACAUAAUAACCCCGCCGCCCACUAUUUGUCAGACUUCAAAUGUCUGCCUGUCUGAAUCUUCGAAUGGCAAUUUGUAUUCCACUCCUCACGGAGCCUCACUCGGAGCCGGACAGCGACCAGCUUUAGGACGUCCACCGGCUAAGAGGCGGCUGGCAUUGGAUGAUGCGGACCAAUUCCCCACCACUCAACUGGCCCCGGCCCCCAGGGGGAGAGAUGGCCCCUCCCUGGCUAUCAUCAAGCCCAAUAAAACUCCCAAGUCUCCGGCGGACAAGGAGAAGUCACGGUACGACACGUCUCUGGGUCUCCUCACCAAGAAGUUCCUGCAGCUGCUGAGCGAGUCGCCCGACGGCGUGGUGGACCUGAACUGGGCCGCCGAGACGCUCAGCGUCCAGAAGCGGCGUCUCUAUGACAUCACCAACGUCCUGGAGGGCGUGCACCUCGUCAAGAAGAAGUCCAAAAACAACAUCCAGUGGAUGGGCUGUAACCUGGCAGAGGCGGGGGGUGCUGGGACCGAGAGGCAGGCCCUGAACAGUGAGCUGGCCCGACUCCACCAGGAGGAGCUCCGGCUGGACCAGCUCAUCACCAGUUGCACCCAGGAGGCCAAGCAAAUGACCGAGGCCCCCGGCAACCAGAAGAUGGCGUAUGUGACGUACGAGGAUCUCCGGCACAUCAACAGUCUGAGGGAUCAGACGGUCAUCGUGGUGAAGGCGCCGCCAGACACCAAACUAGAGGUGCCCGACCCAGAGCAGAAUUUACAGGUCAGCCUGACCAGCACCAAGGGACCCAUCGAUGUCUUCCUGUGUCCAGACGAGAGUGAGGUGGACAGCCCUAUCAAAGGUGGCGGCCAGAGCAGUGGCUCCUCUACUACGUUCAUGAGGGUGUCAGACGACGGUGACAAAGGGAACUCGUCUCCAGCGGUUGCUGUGACCAACCUGUCCCCCAUCGACUCACCCUUCACCAGCCUGCUGCUGCAGACGGAGGACCAGAACCCGGCAAACGACCUCUCCUUUCUCAGCCUGUCCCCUCCGCUGCUUCAGGAUGACUACCUGCUCGACCCCGAUGAGAGUGUGGGCGUCAGCGACCUUUUCGACACCUACAACCUGGACAAGCUGCCCCUGGACCUCCUGCUGUGCAACUGACCAUAUGCAGCUGCAGUAGCACCGCUCGGCCAGCAGGGGGGCAACGGAGUCAACUUUGCCUUCUCCUGUCCAUCGGCCAAGUUAUCACUUUUGACAGCCAGUGGUGUCAGAGUUCCUGAGAACUCUUGGAUCAACUAUGAUUAUUACCACCUAAAGCCAAUACCAAUCAGUACCAAUUAACCCUGAAACAAGUGGCCAGUGUGCACACCAUCAUGUUUGUCAGAAGACUGCAGAUCAAUGGGCCUCUUUGUUUAGCCUGCUGGGGAGCCACUUCCGGUGUUCAGCUGAGCCAGUUCUUACCUGAGGGAGAUAAUGGUCUGGAGUGUUAUUAUGAUUAUUAUUGAAUGAAUUAUAAGCGGAAGACCACUCGAGACUGAUGGAGUCUCUGUGGUAUAUUGCCAUGGCUUUCUCCCAUGGAAACAUAGGGUAUUGGCGGCGUGUGUUUGUGUGUGUGUGUGUGUGUGUGUGUGUGUGUGUGUUUUUUUUGGAUCAACAGGAGAGCUUUCCUGUUUCCCUGCAUCUUGUCAUGUACAGCUGCACAUUUGUGCAUUAUGAUUUGAGACCGAUGCACAACCAAGACCACUCCUCCCUGGUGGUCUGAGCAUACCUGCUCACACGGAGCACAGCAAGUGCACUUCAAGUUUCCCCUCGGCUCUCUGGCUCCUCAAAGGACUUGCUUGCAUGCUAAACCAACGUGCACCUACACACUCACACAUGCUAUGGCUAGCGUUUCCAGCCUGGAUGACCUGGGUCUGAAGUGAGCGCCCAGCUUGGGUGCUCUUGCGUCGAAGGUGCCUUAACCACCCCCGGAGCUCAGGGCAUCUGCAGGACACCCCCCUCCACCCCC